UCUGAUGCAACGCGUCAUACCGUGCGCCGUAAACCACCAAUAUCGGUCAUAUCUCCCGCUCCCCGCCCACUAACAGUCACGAUUGACCACCCGCAACCCAUGUUCCUCGGGUUUCUACGCAAAUUCCUCCCUUCUUCUCGUACGGACACAGUCCGUCCCAUUCGCACCAAUGAGCCUUGUAAUCCGCUAGACUUCCCUGCUACAGCUCCCUUGCCUCAUCCACUUAUAAAUCCCCACGAGAAUUUUCGGCCACUGACUAGUACCCAAUCCUCUACCCCUGCUUCCACAACCUUCAAAUCCAGCCUACACCGUCUGUCAACCUGGUGGCCCCUCCAGACAGACCAUGCGUCGCCAGCUAUCGAAGACGUUCCACUUGCGCAUGGUAAAGAGCGGAAUGCUGCGGCGGAUGCUCCACGCAGAGACGAUGAAUGGAUACCUUCUGAAGAUUAUGUUUCUCCUCCUCCUUCACCUAAUCCAGAUUCGCGACAGCCGACUACUGCAGGGCAGAGACCAAUACCGGAGAGCAUGGAAGCCGGUCGUGUUUCUGCUUUUAGAUUGUUUUUUCGAACGAGACGGUAAUGAGCACAUCGCGGACACCUUGCUAAUUGGGAUCUGCUUGUAUGCAUAGUGUAUUUUUGCAUGAUUUAAGGCAUAUCACAGUGUAUUUCUGUUUGCUGGUAGUUUAGUUUGCGAACGGUGAUCACUCUUUAUAUUGCGAA